AUGGGCAUAGGGCAUGCCGGUCAUUCCCCCUCCUCCCCUCACGUGAUGUCACGCAGCGCUACUGCUGGCCAGGCCCCCACUGCAGACGGCCCUGGUGCAGCAACUUCCCCCUCUCAAACUUCAUCAUCGACCCCUUACCCUUUACCCCCCACCCCCCAUCCCUCCAAGGAAAGACUCACGAUGAACUUGGCCUUCUCCGCGUCCUGCUGCGCCACCUGCUUGGCCUCCACGGCGGAGGUGUACUCGCGGGAGAAGGUGAGGUUGGUGAUGCUCACGUCGUCCAGCACGAUGUUGAAGUAG